GUUUAGUUUGAUGCUAACGUAUUUGCGAACGUUACCGGUUAUUUACGUCAGAAAAAAUGGCGUUAAUUUUUGCGACACGAUUUAAAAUUGAACCAAUUAUUGUGUCUUAGAAUUUGGCCAUGGAGUUUGGAAGUAUCAGAGUUUGACCAUGAAAAUUGACGGAAAAUAGAGCAAAAAAUAUAAUAUUGCUAUAUUUUUUUUUAGUUGUAGAAAUAGGGGAAUUUAAGAAGCAGUAAUUAGUAUAUACUUUAGACAUUAUGCUGACAAUAUAAACCAGACGAAGUUAAAUACCAAAAACCAUGAAGUCGGCCACGACAGCCGCAACAUAUGCUACAUUAAUUACACUAGCUUGCUUUUUGUGGUUCGGUAAAACACACGCGGCAUCUAAACGUUUGAAACGAAGCAACAGAGAUAACUUUCGUCGAAGUUAUGAUGAUGACAAUUCAUGUGAUCUUUCAAAUGAAGCAAAUAAAAUAAAAUUAACAUUCUUACUUAAAAAGAUGAAGGAAGCAUAUUACGAGAACAAUCGGCAUAUGGUCCCGACAAAUGUUGAUUUUACGGAUAAACAGAUCAAACAAUAUUAUCAACCUUAUAUACCGUCAGCCGAGAAUUUAAAGAAAAACGCUGACAACUCUAAAAAACUUUUAAAAAAAUUACAAAAGUUAAGCGUGAACUUUACGUUAUUAAAACCACGUGAGGAACGCGUGAUUUAUCAAUUUCAGUAUUUUUUAGAAUCAAACUUUGAUAAUAUAUACGGUAACUAUUAUGAUGGUGUGUGGAUGCUGGGUCCUGACUAUUUCUGCGAACAACCCAUCUGUUUUGUAGGAUAUCAAAUAUACUCAGCUUUAAAAAGAAUCUCAGUUAAAACUCUGAAGGACUUAGAACUAAUCAUAUUUUGGAUAAGCGAGCACAGAAAAACAUUUGAGAAGUAUUUGUCCAACGUAAAAUUAGGAGUCAAAGAAGGAAUGGUGAACCCUUAUGAAGUAUGUAAAGCCAGUGCAAAAACAUUUGCAAAAAAGUAUGGUAAAGUUUACUACAAGGGAGCGAAAGGAGCGUUUUUCAUGAGUUUCGCAAAACUACUGAAUGAUUCAAAAUAUUACAGCAAGGUUGAUGUAGCUGUUUUUGCAGAGUAUAAAAAUAAAGUUGGGAAAGGUUUUACAGAGAAACUAAACGAAGUCAUUUUGAUUGAUUUUGGGGAGCCUCUCAAGACUUUGAUAGAUUACCUAAAGAAAGAACAUUACAAGUACUGUCCACCAAGCAAUGCUUCAAGUGGUUUAGGGGGAUUACCUUUAGACUAUCAAUUUAAAAACGGAAAAAGACAAAUGAGCCUAAAAACAAGUAAAAAAUUGCCAUCUGGAGAACGUAUUGAUGUUGAUUCGGGCUACAAGAAAUUCAUGCGCUACUACACCACAUCAAAUAUUACUGCUUCCGAAGCAAUGCAUCUUGGAUAUAAACUGGUAGCUAAAUAUUACGAACAGGUCUUGUUGCUAGGAUACCAACUAACAAAGAAUAAAAACAGAAAGAGUGUUUGGAGUAAAUUGAAGAAAUUUGUCCGAAGGGUUCUACACCUUGGCAAAGAAUUAACUAACGAAGUGGAGGAAAAAGAAAUGAUUGAGAAGUUUAAAAAGAUUCUCAAAUCUAGUAAACAAUUUUACAAUGCAAAGCCAUUUCCAAAGAAUGAAUCAGAUGAUGAUGCACAUGACAGGUGUGACAAUGACGAAGACGCAGCAAGGUUCUGUCCGCAUCGUUGGGCAGUACUUCAGAAAUGGUUUGAAAACAACCGCAAGAUUAUGAAGAAAGCUAGGCCAGCUAUUGAUCAUUUGUUUCAUACUAAAGGACCAAUGAAAACCACUCCUAAAUGUCUCGUCAAGCUAGUACCAGAGUACAACCCAACAAAUGGUGUACCAAGUUACUUAGAGAGUGAUCCAAAGUGUUCGGAACCAGCUAGCUACUUUCUUCCCUUCUUUAAAGACGAUAUGGGACCAAAAUAUGAAGAUUACAACACUAAUUUUCAUGAAGCCAGACCAGGGCAUCACUUACAGAUUCAAGGUUUUCUGGAAAAUUUUGCUGACAAAUGCGGUGGAAUUACAUCCUGGAUUAAUGAAGUUGUUGAUUAUUACCCUUCAUUCUCAGAAGGUUGGGGCUUAUACGCCGAAAAUCCCAUUCUUCUAAACGACACAAAAGUUUUGAAAGAAAGUGAUUACCUAGAAAAAUACGGCGUCUUAAAAUGGCAGAUUUGGAGAGCGUUGCGGAUAAUCGUCGAUGUAGGCUUCCACGAGAAGAACAUGACACGUAAUCAAGCGUUCGAUCUUUUUUCGAAAUACACGUGGGAUCAUUCCGACACAACGUUGAAAGAACUCACAAGAUAUCAGGGUACACCAGGACAAGCGACAUCAUAUACUUCAGGACAACAAAGCAUUAUAUCCUUAAGAAACCGUGCUCAAUCAGAGCUUGGUGAUAAAUUUGAUAUAAAAGAUUUCCACUACCAUCUUCUUUCACAAGGCCAGGCGCCAUUUUAUUUUACCUCGAAAUAUAUAGACCAAUACAUACAGUGUACAAAGGACAAGGAUAAUGAAAGAUUCUGUGAUAUUAUACUAAACCAAAAUAUCAACGCGAUGAAAAAAGAUAGCGUUUACGAGAAUACGGAACUGGAAAAUCAAGUCGCGAGCUUGUUUCGAUUAUUCAAGAAGAGAAAACACGCGUAGAAAAUAUACUAAUUUGCAUUAUAGUAGAUUUAAGCAUUCUUGUCCCCAGAGUUCUUUGAGAUAAACCUCGAGGUUUAUUUCGAAGACCUCUGGGGACGAGAAUGAAAUUUAAGGUGAAUUUCCACUCAAGAAUGGAAAGCAAAAAAUUGGGAUUUAUGGAAUCCGAUUGAUAUAUUUUCCUUUACGAUCAAACUAAAAGUUUAAAUCAUUUCAUUUUAUUUUUUGGCGGAAAAAAAAAACAGAAAAAAACUAUAAAAACGAAAGAAUAAUUAGUAGAAUAGCCAAUCAAAUUAAAUUAUUACAAAAUAACAAAUAAAAGGGUGGGGUUAAGGGGUGCUAUAUAACCAAAUGUUGGAUCAUGCAAUUAAUUUUCUUAGACUGUUUGCAUUCUGAUAAAACUAUUUCAAUUUAAUUACAAGGAAAUUUUCUCAAUAACAGGAUGAUUAUUCAGCAUUAUUUCGCUUUCAUUUCAUUCAGUUUAAUAGUUUAUUCCUUAGUGGAAAUUCACCUUUACGUUUCUUAUUAUAUGCCCAUACCAAACUCGUUUCCAGGGUCUCCAAAGGUAAUAUCAUCAGUAGAAAUGCCCUGAUACCGAGAUUGCGAAUAUAAUUUAUUUAUAGAUGCAUAUGUAAUUUAAACUAUUAAUAACAACUGUUUUUAAAUAUUUUUUAAUAAAA